GGAAAAGUACGUCCAACAGUGUAUAGAACGUUUUGAUAGAUAUAAAGAAAAAGAAAGAGAAGAAAGAGAAAAAGAAAGACAAGAAAGGGAAAAAGAAAGAGAAAGCGAAGAAAGGGAAAAAAGAAAGAGAAAGGGAGUUUGAGUUAGAAAGACUUAGGCUACAAGCAGAAAGCAGGACAGAAGGGGAAGUAACUCAAUCCACGUGGGGUCCGCGUGGUAACCUUCCCAAACUUUCAAUCUUUCUUGAGGAUAAAGAUGAUAUAGACUCUUUCAUCUUUAGGUUCGAAGCGCAUGCAAGUGCUCUCAGGUGGGAGGAGAAGCGAUGGCCUUUGCAUAUGUCAGCACUUUUACAGGGCGAGGCUUUGACCCUGUACCAUGCACUUUGUGCAAGUGGGAUAGUUCACUUCUUUUCCAAAAUCCACUCAAGGUACUUUUUACCAUCCGCCGCCAUCGAGAUCCUUCAUCCUCUCCGCUUUUUCCCGCCAAAAAACGUAAAAACAAAACAAAACAAAAUUUCGUCAGAUCAUGACGUCAGAUCAUGACGCGGCAACGCCCUCCUGCCGUCAGAGCUAAGGUCAGGGUUGACCCAGCAUGCGACAGGCGGCAAGGAGUAUCAUAAAUGGCGAUGUACAUUUCCAGGAAAUUUAGACGGACCAGCAUUGUGUUCAUGACAAUUCUUGGAGUAGAGUCUGUCGUUUAUCUAAUGUUAACCUCCCACAACAUGUCAGACAUUUCUACUUUGGAAGAAAACGAGGACAUUUGCUUUGCAUGGAGAAGGGCAGACAAACGAGCCUUUCGGACUGUACCAUGGUGGGGGCGUGCCUGUGACAUGCAAAGUGACUGGGUAAGAGAACGGUACACCUGCAAAAACCUAAAAGACAUGGGAAACUGGCCUGUUUGCUUUGAUGAUAACCUUGUUCCUCAGAACAACUGUUUAGUGUACUCAUUUGGCAUUGACUAUGACUUUAGCUUUGACGACGCCAUGGCAGCCAUAGGAUGCACCGUCUACUCCUUUGAUCCCAGCAUGCUGGACACUCCUGACCACAAGCGUGGGGACCGUGUUUUCUUCCAGAGAAUUGGCAUCAGCGAUAAGGACGACGACCAUUUCGUUCCCAGAUUCGAUGAGUAUGUUGAAAAGCGCCCGGCGGUCAACGGAUGGCCGAUGAGACGUCUGCAGACAAUCCUUGACCUCCUGGGUCACAGAAAGGAGCAGCUGACCGUGCUUAAGAUGGACAUUGAAGGCUAUGAGUGGGACGUCACUCGUGAUCUUCUUGACUCGGGGAUCUUGUCCUCCGUACCGCAGUUUCUGGUGGAGUGGCACCUGUUUAAGGACUUUCCACCUCGAGAACGAGUCCCUGAUGCCGUUGAAACGUACUUCCGUCUGAACGACAUGGGCUUCCAGUUAUUCGUCACCGGCAUUUUCUACCUAGGAUCAGCGACCUCCUUGAGAAUGACGGCAGAAGUUGCCUACAUAAACACGAUUAGAAACUGACCUGUCCCUCUAUUUUGAUUGCUUUUUUUUAGCUCUAGUAACUCAGAUUUAAUUUCUUGCUAUGUCAUCUUUGUCUGAAACAAGGUUUAUAAUAAUAUAAAACUCUAUUAUUAGUAGUUCUACCUUCCCUCACACGG